AUGUCGUCUUCCCCGCGCUACCAGUGCGAGAACCCUCUCGUGGCGACAGCGUCCCUCUUUCUGGCCCUGCACGUGCACGCCGUGCCCUUCGGAACGGACGGGCGGGCCAAGGGAGACGCAGGCGAGGGCGGCGAGGGCGCAGGCACGUGCUCGAUCUGCUGGAACGCGUUCGGCAGCGUCGCACAUCCGGACGAGAGGCCGGAGCCGGCCGUGCGCAUCGACCCGUGCGGACACGUCUUCGGCCGGCUGUGUCUGGAGCGGCACUUUGCGUACAACGCGCACGAAGCCAAGUGCCCGACAUGCCGGGCGGACCUGUACGGGGUGUCGCGGCAGGCAAGGCGAGCGAUGUUGGAGCGGAGGGGCAGACCCGCGCACGAAGAGUACGAGUGGAUGCGCAGGCGGCUUGCGGAGCCUGUGGAAACGCCGCACGGGGGGGAGAGGCUCUCCUGGUCGGAGGCAGGAGCUGCGCCGUUGGGACGUGGACGGCUGGGCGUAGGCCCGUCGGCGGGCACCAGGAUGAGAGUGGAGGCUAGGCACCGCUCGACGUUGCGCGGCAUGCGUGCGCACGUUCUGGACCCGGUUGACAUCGCGGAGGGGAACAGCGAGACUUGGGGGGAAGACAUCGGAGCAAGGCGAGAAUCGCGCAAGGUGACGGCAAGGGGGGAAGGGCGUACGUGCGGAGAGGAAGACGAGGGCGAGGACGAAGGGCGCGCAGGGGAUGAGAACUGGUACAGGACAGUGAUGAGGUUCAGCAGUGAGGCUGAAAUGGCGGACGAGAAAUGACGCGGGACGGGGAAAUGGGGAGACUUAGCCUCGAGAUGACAAGACGAAUGGAGGCUGGCUUCCCUCUCCCACGAACUGGACGGAACAGAACAUGGACAAGGCAACACGAAAAGGUAGUCCUGACUAUGAAAUUUUAAUGUCUCUUCAAACCCUCCCGAACCUGUCAAGGCCGGCUCAGAAAG